GCGCGCUCUCUCCCUCAGUAGUAAGCAGAGUAGCGCUCGAGCUCCAUUGAAAGUGUCUCCACCGGUUCAGACACAGCGCGAGCGGACGAGGGGGCGGACCGGCCAGAGGAAACUUGACAGAGAAACAAUAGCAGCCACUCCAUGUAACUGUUAUUAUUAUUUAACAGCGUUUCAAUAUUGCUCCAGGACGCGACCGGCUGUGCUCGCUUUGGCACACACACGCACACUCACUCACGCGUAAAAGCGGUUGUGGCGGAGGCGCGCCCAGCGCAGAGGAAUAAACGUUAAAGCAGGAAAGACGGAGAGAGGUGGAGAGAGGUGGAGGUGGAGGUGAGAAAGGCACGUUUGGGAAGAAGAAGAGAAAAGAGAGAGAGAGAGAGUAAAAAAAAGGAGGGCAGUGACAAGUCAACAGCCACAGGUAGCCGUGUGCGACCGUGCGCUGUCGUGGCAGAAGAUAUCAAAGUACAGGCGGGUCAUGCGGAUUUCUCCGGUCGCUGAUCGGAGCGACGCGUCGCGGCAAUAAACGGAGAGAGAGAAAGACGAACAAGGAGGAGGAGGAGGAGAAGACAGAAGAAACCAGACCGCUUUAUCAGUCCGUCCCAGCGGGCUCCUUGUCAACCAUGUCCCGGAGAAAGCAGAGCAAACCUCGGCAGAUAAAACGUUCCCUCGGAGAUCUCGACGGCGGCGAGGAGAACACGCCGGACAACCUCAGCCUAUCGGGAGAGGAGGGAGGAGCCUCGGACCCAGAUGACUCAGCGGAAGGCGACAGCUCCAGCCCCCCGCCGUACACUCCACUGUAUAACGAAGAGCCCAGAACGCAGGACUCUCGAGGAGGUCCCGAUGAUGAAUACGAAGACAGGGAGGAGCAAGGUUCGACACACAGCGGCAGGGAGGAGCAAGACGAAGGAGCGGAAGAAGAGGAGGAGGAGGUGUUACAGUGGAGAGGUCCAGAUGACCUAGAGUUCAGUGAUGAAGGCGGUGGCAGCAGGGUGGUGGCCAGCAGAGACCUCCAUCCGGACAAAUCGUGGGGGCCCUAUCCAGGAGUGAUCCAAUCAGAUGGCAGCACAGAUGAUCAGGAGACAGGAGAGAACUCGAGGUUGACUCUGGUGUGUGAAGAGCCAGACUGUUGGAUCAGUCUGCUCCCUCUGACCUCUGACGCCUCAGCCGCCAACUGCACCAUCUACAGCCGAGGUGAGGAGUUGUUCUGUAAGGUGACCGCAGAGCUUCCGGCCGGUGAAAGGCUCUUGGCUCACCUGUCGCCCCCUCCUGGUUCUUCCUCGUCCCCGUUGGGCCAGCUCUCCCCUCCACUCAGCCUCGUCACCCAGAAACAACCUGCCGUGAAGGAGGAGCCGCUGUACCCGGCGGCGCUACACUCAGAAAUCCAGCUCCUCCCACAACAAGCCGGCAUGGCCGCCAUCUUGGCUACUGCUGUUGUCAAUAAGGACAUUUUUCCAUGCAAGGACUGUGGGAUCUGGUAUCGCAGUGAGAGGAACCUGCAGGCACACCUCAUGUAUUACUGCGCCAGCCGUCAGAAGCAGCCGGCCACAGCCUCGUCCCCGCCACAAGACAAACCCAAGGAGUCCUACCCCAACGAACGCGUCUGCCCCUUCCCACAGUGCAACAAGAGCUGCCCCAGUGCCAGCUCACUGGAGAUCCACAUGCGCACACACAGUGGUGAACGUCCGUUCGUCUGUCUCAUUUGUCUGUCAGCCUUCACCACGAAAGCAAACUGUGAGCGCCACCUUAAGGUCCACACGGACACCCUGAACGGAGUGUGUCAUGGCUGUGGCUUUGUCUCCACCACACGAGACAUCCUCUACAGCCAUCUGGUCACCAGCCACAUGGUUUGCCAGCCUGGAUCUCGCAGUGAGGUCUACUCCCCGGGGCCAGGCCUUCCCAAGCUCUCCCUUUCCACUGGUCUCAGUCCAGGAGACUCUGGUGUGGUGCUGAAGUGUCAAGUGUGUGGCCACAACUGUGACUCCCCCGCCCAGCUUCAGCAGCAUGUACGAAGUACCCACCUUGAGGUCAGGGACCCAGCUGAAAGGAGCCCCACCCCUCGCCAAAGUACUCCAUCAUCAGUUGACCAGCCCCAGGAGAGGGAGCCCCUAGCUUGUGUCCCUAAGCCAGAGUCAUCCAGCCCGGGUGCAAACGGUGGUUCUGCCACGCCUCGAGACUAUAGUCCUAGUGACACCCCAACCAUUGACCUAAAGAUCAAAGAGGAGCCACAUUCGGACACUGAGACGGAAGUGCAGCAAAUGGUGAUUAAGGAGGAUGGAGAGGAGGACGAGGAGGAUGAGGAGGAGGAAGAGGAAGAGGAGGCUGGCGAAGACGAGGGGGAUCAAGAAGCAAAAAGGAAGACAAAGGAAGGCCAAACUGCCGCCUCCUCCUGUCAGAUAUCAAACUCUCCGAAGAGUCCGGCCACCACGACUGUGAAGGCAGAACCAACUAGUCCCACCCCUGGUUCUAGCCCUGCCCAUGUGGGAGGUACAGGGUCGGUUCUUCCAGGGGGAGCGCUGUUCUUGCCUCAGUACAUGUUUAACCCUGAGGCAGCCAUUUUGCCUCAGGCCUCAGAGAUACUGGCUAAAAUGUCAGAGAUGGUCCACAGCCGUCUGAAACAGGGCCAGACGGUUCCUCAGAACAACCCAGCGGCCUUCUUCCCCUCUGGACCGACUGCACCUACGGCCACAGCCACUCCACCCCACAAAGGAGCCACCUGCUUUGAGUGUGAUAUCACCUUCAACAACAUUAACAACUACUAUGCACAUAAGAGGCUGUACUGCUCCAGUAGGCACCACGGUGAAGGUGCAACAUCAGCUUCAGGCCCCGGAUCAACGAGGGAUGCAGCCCCAGCCACGGUGCCUUCCAGUGGGACACAUGGCGCAACUGCAUCUCCUCAGGGUGGAGCAGCAAGUAGAGCAGCUUCUGCCUCUCCCACUGACUCUGACCCGGCUGCAGGGAGUGGAGCAGCAGAAUCUAAGAAGGUGGUGGAGGUGAAGACCGAAGCCACUGUGGGGAGAGAAGGAAUAUCAUCCUCUUCUGAAGGGGAAGGCGGAGGUGGAAGUGCUGGAGGAGGAGCUGGAGGAGGAAGAGCAAGCGAAGGUAGCCAGAGUCCCGCUAGUGGUUCUGCAGAGGACUUAGAAGACGAUCCCAAUCGGACCUUUUGCGAAGCCUGCAACAUCCGCUUCAGCCGUCAUGACAAUUAUACUGUUCACAAACGCUUCUACUGUGCAUCCCGCCAUGACCCAUCCAACCACCGGUCCACACACAUGACCAAGGCAACCACCACAGCAGCCUUCCUUCCUCAGCCCAUCCGCACACGCAAGAGAAAGAAGAUGUACGAGAUUCACAUGGCCAGAACUGAAGCCUUAGCCAACGCUGCUGCUGCCGCCGCCGCCGCUGCCCCAUCUCCCUCUGUUCUGGGCUUGGCAGUGAAGCAAGAAGUUUCUCCCGGCGGUGCAGGUAGUUCUAGUCCCGAAGGAGAUGGCCCGAUUGACCUCAGCAAGAGACCCCGUCUGAGAGAGGGCCCACGAAACAGCAGUAGCAGUAUUCUCCCUGCCCUGCCUCUUAGUGACUACCACAAGUGCACUGCCUGCAGUAUCAGCUUCAACAGCAUUGAGAACUACCUGGCUCAUAAAACAUACUAUUGCCCCGCCACCACCCUUCAGCCCCACACCUUGGAGCAGCUUCACAGGCUCAAGAGAUCGGCCUCUACCUCUCCCAAAAGCAGGCCUCAGCAGGAGCGUCCAGACCUUCUGCAUCCUGUGGAGGCUAAAGCUCUCCCUGCUGAGUGGGUUGCCCAGGCUCAAGGCACGUCAUCCAGUCCUCAUCCCUCUGCCUUACCUGCCCCCAACACCACAUCUCCACCCCAUACGACCACCACACUUGCAGCCACCCCUGGAGCUGGAGCCAAAGGUGUAAGCGCCAGUUCUCCACAAGUGAUCUGCCCAUACUGCCCGAACAGGCUCAUCACGUGUGAUCUGAUGGAGCACUUCAAGACUACCCACGGCCUGGUUGUAACCAUUCAGCCACCCCAGGAGUCCCUGCCCCAGCCAGGCAGUGCAGUCAGUCGCAGCCCCAGCCUUAGUCCCAGGGAUGGAGCUACUGCUACCACCUCCGCCACCCCAGCUAGCCAGCCCCACCAGGUCUCCCGAGUGCACAGAGACGGCAUCAAUGGGCAGGCAAGGAGCGGUACAACUUCCCCUGCCUCCCCACUGGUAAACGGCAGCCCUUCAGCUGGGGAUGGAUCACCUUCAGCCAGCUCACCUCUACCAGUGUCUCCCCAAAGGGCUCCCUCUCUGACUUUGUCACCUGUGCCUGAGAUCCUGAGGGAGACUGUGGGGUCAUCCCACCUUCCAAACAAGGCCACGCCAACUGUGGCCACCCAUCCUGUCGUCACACCCCAGCCCGCCCCAAUCCCCGGCACUAAAACCACAGUGAACUCCCCUGUUCAGAACGGUAACUCCCGCUUCUGUCGGCUGUGCAACAUCAAGUUCAGCAGCCUCUCCACGUUCAUAGCUCAUAAGAAAUACUACUGCUCUUCCCACAGUGCCGAACACGUCAAGUGAGCCAAGUGAUUCUUUUGUCCUCUCCAUCUUCCCCUUCCUUUAUCUCUCUGAGUGGAGGCUUUCCUUCCCUAAGUUCCAAGAAGCUCAGAUGUCCCUACUCCUCUGCCAGUCCUCCCACAUGGGCACCCAACUGGCAUGACCAUGAAUGACAAUGAAUGACUGUUACUCACCUGGCCGGGCCUCGAUGCCAACUGCUCCAGAGCAGAAUUUGCAGGUGGUGUUACUAACAUAUAUUAACUGAUAUUCCUCCUCCUAUGGGUCAAAGUUUGUAGUACACUAAGAGCUGAGACGGAUGCUACCUGCACACACGGCUGUGCCCUCGUCCCCUAGAUCACUCUCUGUCUUAGUAUUCCCCCAGUUAAACAUCCACCACUCCCCGGACUCACAGUAUGUUGCAUUGCGGGACGUUAAAAAGAUCUAUGUCAACAACCUCUUUUUUUUUGUCUCUGUGUUGAACUGAGUUCAUAAUGGCAGUAAUUGGAUUCUGACUAUUGGAGGCAUUUCUGACUGAUGAUGAUUCAGUAAUGACGAUGCUGGUUAUGAUGAAUCGUCGGUCUUUUCCUGAGCUCUUAAUGUUCCAGACCUAAAAAAAAACAAAACACGGAGGAAUCAUUUAUGUUGUGUGGAAAAGACUUGAUCAUUGUUAAUGUUUUUAUUAUCUGUGCAUAGUGUAUGAUGUCUGAAAAAAAGAAUUCUAUAAUGCUUUUGGUUUCAACACUGGCUCUUUUUUGCUUACUAGAGAAGCGAAAGCGUUUUUAGCUGAAAAAGAAAUAUGCGGUAUCACAAUGUUACUAAUUACUGAAGGAUAUUUCAAAAAUGGACAGUUUUUUUUUCCUCUUUUCUUUCAUACACACAAUUUUUUUAUUUUCUCUUUUAAAAAUGCAAGGGAGAGAAAAAAAUGUGAAAUAUUUAUCUUCUAUCUUUUAGUCCUCACUGAUUUCAUGUCAACAGAAAACUACCUACCUGGUGUCUGAGAGUAUUUGUAUUUUUUAUUUGUAUAUUUUUCAUACUGUUGGAAGGAACUAUUUGGAUCUGGGUGUGUUGAAGUGUAUUUUCUAAGUGUAGAUAUGUAAUAUCUUCUCACAGUAAUCACUGGGAUCACACUGAACUUUAUUAUCACGUUAGCAUUUGUCGUUCUGUUCAUGUAGUCUUUAAUUGAUGGUGAGGUCUGAAAAAAAGAAAAAAGAAAAAACAGCGCUGUGUUUAUUUUUUAUCCCCUCUUGUACUUUGCUGAUUAACGACAUGAUUAGAUCAGAACAGCUUCCUCACUCACAGUUUUUCACAUCAGAAAGUUGAAAAGAGCGGCUCUGAUGUUGUUCAUGCUUUGGUUAAAACGAGCCUCCCAAAUUUUGAGGUAUCCAAAAUCUUCUGCCUCCCCACCACGCACGCAAAGCAGGACCUUUUUUAAGGACGCACAGCUUUGCAGUGUUUGUUGCAUUUCAGACUUACACCGAGGGAUACACAAAACACAUGCUUUGGUGUCUAACACACAUCUAAGAAGAUGUUAUUUUUCUGUUUUUAAUGACUGUGUUUCUGUCCGGCAAUGAAGGUAUAGCAGGGAAUAGUCACAUCUUAGUAUAACACCUCACACCGUAGAGUAAGCAUAUAUGUAAUAACCACUUAUUGUGGCCCACCAUGUGUGUGUGUGUGUGUGAGAGAGAGGCUGUUGCUCUCCCUCAUCAUGCACACAUACAGUUUACACCACAGGUUCCCAUGCUGCGGUUGCAGUUGCAAUACAGUGUUCGUCAGAACUGUGAAAUACUUUUUUUUUUUUUCUUUCUCCAAUAUUGAUGCAAACUUACCAAUGUAGGGCUCAUCUUAAGCUGUUUUUAAAAGCCCGGGGAUCAUUUAGAAUUUAAGAUAUCAAUAUAUAAUAUUGCAACCAGUUGAAUUUGUUACAAAUUUGGUCCUUUUUCAUUUUUUUUUCUCCUCUAAAUUCUAAAUAAUCAAGAUUUUCCUCAGGGUUUCACUCUGGGAGAGCUGAGGCCAGGCCUCCCAGCAGAGGAACACAUGGACCAGCCUGCUAUUAGACAUUUUUGAUCAAAUUCUAAUAUCGGUCUAACUGUAAACCUACCGACACAUGACAGAUCUGCACCUCUGUUUAUUCAGUAGUAGCAUUAAAAGACCCACAAACAAACCUGUUAAUGUCUACCCCAUCUGCCUGCUACCAGAACUGGAAAGCAAAUGUUAAAAGUGAAGGAUAUUUUUGAAUAUAAUUGAACAUUUCUGGUUGAUUUUCUUUUGUUUUGCUGUGGUUUGGAGCAGCACUGUACCAGACACAUCUUACUACUACUGUAAGUGUUUACAAUUGUGCUGGUCUAUCUCUCUCUCUCUGUCUCAGUUCUUAAAAAUAAAAGAGAGGAGAUGAAGUCACAGAGUCAACCCUGUCACAAAUUGAGGAACUAAGUUCUGGAGAAUCAUCCUUUAAACUUACCCCCCCAUUUAAUUGCACUGUGUUGUAUAAAAAAUGUGCUGAAUGUUUUAGUUUUAGGGACUUUUUUUGUAAUGUAUUUAUGUUAUACAGAACUUUUACCCCCCGUCCAAAAUGUGUCAUCAUUCUACCUUGAAGGACUUUCUGAAAGAUUUUUAACCCUCGCAGAAAACUUUUUUUUUUCUUAGUUGCAAACAUGUUUAUGAUUCCUCUAAUGUCCAGUCCUUAACGGAGAAAAUCACAAUGAAUGUCAAAACUUUUAUUUCCUUUUUUUUUUAAAACUUCAUUUCAGUUCCACUACACUCUUGUCCAAACUAUGCAUGGGAAAUAAAAAAAAGUUCUGAGAGACACU